CGGAGCGCAGGGGAGGAGACGGGCGGCCGUCCGCGCGGAGGGAGUGAGUCACCUGACCGCCACUUGCCGCCUGCAGUCGGGCCGCGCCGCGCCUCGGCUCCGGUCGAUGACAGUGAGAAGCAUGCUUUCCACUGCUCUCCCUGAUCCCGUUUGCCACCCAGGAUGUCUGUGAGUGAGAGUGCAGUGUUUGCCUACGAGUCCUCUGUGCACAGCACCAACGUCUUGCUCAGCCUCAAUGACCAGCGGAAGAAGGACGUGCUGUGUGAUGUCACUGUCCUGGUGGAGGGCCAGCGCUUCCGAGCCCACCGCUCGGUGCUGGCUGCAUGCAGUAGCUACUUCCACUCGAGAAUCGUAGGCCAGACUGACGCAGAGCUCACCAUCACACUGCCUGAAGAGGUAACAGUUAAAGGAUUUGAACCUUUAAUUCAGUUCGCCUACACUGCCAAACUCAUUUUAAGUAAAGACAAUGUUGACGAAGUAUACAAGUGUGUGGAGUUUCUAAACUUAUACAACAUCGAGGAAUCCUGCUUUCAGUUUCUCAAGUUUAAGUUUUUGGACUCCACCUCAGAGCAGCAGGAAUGUGCAAGGAAAAAAUGCUUCUCACACUGUCAGAAGGCAGAUUUUAAAUUUUCAUUUUCAGAACAGAAAGACCUAGAAAUUGAUGAAACAGAUGAAUUCUUGGAAAAGAAAAGUGUUCAGACUCCUCAUUGUGACUCCCAAAGGUGUCAGGACAAUGUAAAAGCAUCCCCUCCUCUCCAAGACAGUGUCAGUCAGACGUGCCAGUCCAUGUGCGUGGACAAGGAUGGAGCCCUGGCAUUGCCAUCUUUGUGCCCCAAAUAUAGAAAGUUCCAGAAAGCAUUUGGAACUGACAAGAUCCGAACUCUAGAAUCUGGCACCAGAGAUAUCCAUACUGCCUCUGUCCAGCCAAAUGAGACGUCUGAACUUGAGUGUUUAGGGGGGGCACAGGGCUGUGCAGAUUUACACGUGAUUUUAAAAUGUGAAGGAAUGAAGCCAGCUAUGGAGAGUGAACACACUAAGUGCAAAGACCCCACCCCUCAGUGUCCUGCAGAGCAGGCCAAAGUGACUCCCUUGCCUCAGGAUUCUGCAGGACCUCACGGGCUCUACUCCCUGUCAGUCCUACACACAUACGAGCAGUCAGGCGACGUGGGCUUUGCUGGGAUGCAGAGUAAAACAGUGAAAACAGAAAAGCCUCUGUUGGGGCCAGAUGCCCAGGAUGAGAAACCAUUGGAAAACCAGGAUUUAUACCUGAAGUCUAACAUGGGCCCCAAAGAAGACAGCAGCAGCCUUGCGUCCGAGGAUCGGAGUAGUGUGGAGCGAGAGGUGGCAGAGCACCUGGCCAAAGGCUUCUGGAGUGACAUUUGCAGCACGGACUCUCCUUGCCAAAUGCAGUUGUCGCCCGCUGUGGCCAAAGACGGCUCAGAACAGGGCUACUCGCAAAGGCGGUCCGAGUGUCCCUGGUUGGGUAUCAGGAUCAGUGAGAGCCCAGAGCCGGGCCAGCGGACCUUCACAACUCUCAGUUCUGUCAACUGCCCGUUUAUCAGUACUCUGAGUUCCGAAGGCUGCUCAAGCAACUACGAUUAUGUUGCGGAGCCCCAGCAGGAACCUUGCCCGUAUGCUUGUGUGAUUAGCCUGGGAGAUGACUCUGAGACUGACACGGAAGGUGACAGCGAGUCCUGUUCUGCCAGGGAGCAGGACUGUGAGGUGAAACUGCCAUUCAAUGCUCAACGAAUAAUUUCGCUCUCACGAAAUGAUUUCCAAUCCUUGUUGAAAAUGCACAAGCUGACCCCAGAGCAGCUGGACUGUAUCCACGACAUCCGCAGGAGGAGUAAGAACAGGAUCGCAGCGCAGCGAUGUCGGAAGAGGAAGCUCGACUGUAUCCAGAACCUUGAGUCAGAAAUCGAGAAGCUGCAAAGUGAAAAGGAGAGCUUGCUGAAGGAGCGAGAUCACAUUCUGUCCACGCUGGGGGAGACAAAGCAGAACCUUACCGGACUUUGUCAACAAGUGUGCAAGGAAGCUGCCCUGAGUCCAGAGCAGAUUCAGAUCCUCGCCAAGUACUCGGCCUCGGACUGCCCGCUUUCUUUUUUAAUUUCUGAGAAAGGGAAAAGUACUCCCGAUAGCGAGCUUGCUUUUACAUCAGUUUUCAGUGUCUCUGACGUGCCUCCAACUGCACCGCCUCCCUGUGGACGAGCGAGCAGCUCUGCCAGCCAGGAGCUUGUACAGGAGUCCCAGCCAACCGCCGCAGCUGUUCCAGAGCAGGCCACGAGGUUGGAACCCUGUCGGCAGAGUGCUGGGAUCUCAGACUUCUGUCAGCAGAUGUCUGACAAGUGUACUACUGACGAGUAAGCCACACGAGCAUCCUUCAGCCCUUGGAUUUCCCUCUGACAUUCUGGCAUUGUCUUGAGAGCCUAGUGUGGCCAUGUCUUCUUGCUUUGCAGCCCUGCUUCCUCUUGGUGGAAUUUCUUUAAGAUGACCCUGAGUUCUCCUUGGUUUUCAUAGGAGAUCUGACGUGCUAUCUCUUGGAUGAUGGAAACUCACAUGUGAAAAUAUAGAGUGACCAGGUAAUAAUCUCCUAGUGUUCAAAAUAACUACAGCAAUGGAAGCUACAGUGUCCAUUUCAACAGCUUGAAGCAUCUGCACACAGUCGUCCUGGGCUGGGGAUAACCUACUGAUCAGAAAGAAGAAUCCUCCCUAAGCAUUGCAGUGGUGAUCUUCCCAGAAGUGGGGUAUUCAGUGUUUAUGCAGAGCUGUCAUGUGGAAAAGAAAUCUCCUUUGAACUCUAACACUCUGCUCCUCAGCUCCUACCAAAGUCCAGCAUGGGCUGGACCUGGUGAUUGAGGCUGCCCUGGCAGGGCCUAGUCAAAGGCCACAGCUGGCCUGAGCUGGAGGCCUCUGCUGUCCUCAGUAUUGACUUGGAGUUUAGGCUGCACAAACCAGAAAGUGUAACGUUUCCUGCUCUCGCUUCUGUUCCUCUCUGUAGUCUCCACCUUGUCUAGGCUGUUUGGAACUUUCUGUUCCCUGACUUUUCUUGUCCCAUGGAGGAAGAAGUCGGGAGUUAGGCCGAAGCGGCCUGAGUGUGCACACAAUCAGGCUAGAACCUUAGUUGCCACAGUGCGGGAGAGCUUCACUCUGCGUGAGGCUGCCGAUCGUCUCAUUGCAGGUCACCGAUGACCAUGAGGGCAUUGGGGUCAAGGAGAAGGAAAUGUCUGCAUUGACCAGAAGAUCAGCUUUCUAGCAUCCUAGUGAAGACUUGUGGUCUGUAAACAAGCUGUGUUGGAGGCAAACAUGGAUCUGAGACUCUACUGGCGCUUGAAACGAUAAAAUUCCGUCUCAGUCCAUUAUGGGUUUGCACUUGAGAACCAGAUUUAAUCCUUUUAUAUUAUUUUUUUCCUAUUCCCCCAUUUGGUAUGGUGUAAAGGCACACACACCAGUUUGACUUGGGCAUUGAAAGAUCCAUCUUGUGCCUAUUUAAUGUUGGUAGAAAAUGAAUUGAUAAUAAUCUGAGCAGUUACCCCUGUAACAUUUUGCAGUGAUUCUUAGCCAUUCUGGAAUCUCACCCUGUAGACCUCAGCAGUGGAAACAAAACCUUGUUUUUACAGGUUCAAUAUCCAUGUUUAAGGAGUGUGAGAUGCCUUAACAUUGGAGAUAUUCUGAGCACCGAGAUGUGGGAUAUUCAGUCCUGACCUCAUGAGGCAGGUUGCAGUCAAAACGGGACAUUCAGAGUCUUCUGAAUGCUACUUUAUAUGCCUAGGGUACAUAGGAUUUCAUUAAGACUUUGGGGAAGGUCUGACCCUCAGGUUCUUCUAACCUGUUGAGAGCAGGGGAGAGUCUCAAGUCUGAAGCCGCUCUGCAUCAGAUAUCCCCAAUGAGGGAGUCCACAGUCACUCCCGAGAGCACUUAGAGUCCUGUGUCAGGGUGCAGAGGAACAGUCUGUAGGACUGCGUCUCUCCAGGACAUGUACCUGAAAGAGACACUGCACUGCAUGCUGCAUCUACUGAAGGGCAGAGGGACGGGGAGGGAGGGGGGGAGAGAGAGUGCACAUUACCCUGAGUGGUAUCCAGUCACUGGCAAGCUGAUGUUUGCCAUGAGAAGAGCGGGGACCAGCAGCAAUAUUUUAUGAUUUCAGACUUAUCAGAUAUUGCCCUUUUUCCUUGGGGUGCAGCAAGAGAGGGAGGAGGGGAGUUUGUGUUUCAUCUUUGGAAGAGAAAAUUAAAUGGGAAUUCUUUUGUAGAAAUUUUGAAAAGUCCACUUAGCUUACCUGGGAAAGAGUGCUCACUGUGUGAUAAUGAAUCCCAUGUUACAAGAGAGUUUUGUGUGUGCGUGUGUGCACGCACAUAUAGUAUAUAUAUAUACACACACAUGUAUACAUAUGUAUACAUACAUAUAUAUAUAAUACAUAUGUAUGUAUAUGUCCCCAUGCAGCUAUUUGAUACUUGUAAGUUUAGACUUCAACUUAACAUAAAAUAAUAUGAAAACUUCUCUGGUUUACAAAGUGUAAAAUCUUAUACAAGCCAAUGGAUUUCCUACCUCACUGUACACUCGGCUGUCUGUCAUCGGUUCUUCUGUGUACAUAUGUCACAUCUUUUGCUUUAAAUGUAAAUAUUUGCUUUGGAAAGUUACCAUUUUAUGAUAAAACCCAGUUCUCUCCUCAGUUUAAAGGUAUUUUUUUUUAAAGACACUUGGUUUAAAUUUCUAUCUAUGAACAGUUUAGCAUUAAGGGUUAAUUUUAAUGGUGUCUGGUAACUGGCCAAGUGUAAUAUUUGGUAAAAUCUAGCAUUACUUUUAACAGCCAGCAUGUAACACAAGUAACUACACUACCUCAUACCUUUGUGAUUUUCAAGUUGUAUUAGGUGGAUAGGACAGGAUUUACCUUUGUCUUUGGGCCAUAAGGUGGGUAAUAACAGAAAUAUCGCAUAGCACUAACGUUUAUGCCUGUGUUAACGUGAACGUCUAAAACAUUUUCUUUUCUAAGAAAAUUUGUUUUAAGGAAAUAUUUUGGGGGGGGUGGGGGAUGCCGGAGACAAAUGAUAGGAUCAUAUGUGUACAACGUAUGCCUUUCCUUCAUGCAAGGCUUGGACAGUGUUUUUAGUUGCCGUUUUGCAUAGCCACCCAAUCAGAGCUCCUUGUUGUAUGAGCCGGCCUUCUUAAGGCCCUGGGAUAUUUUUUUUUUUUUUUUUAAAGCUGUUAUGUCUGACUCAAUACAAUAAUGUCAUUUUAAAUUUUUGCCCCUUAUUUGAAUACUAUAGCUACAAUCAAAAUAAUUUGUUAAAUUGUUAUAUUCAAAAUAAAUAUCGAUAUAACAUUGGUUGUCCACCUGCAAGCUUUAUAACGAUUUACUGUAGCUUGAUGCUUAGCCAAUUUUAUGUUAGGAAUUCAACAUACAUGAAACAGGGAUGGCAGAGAUGGUGUGAGGGCACUCAGCGUGUUAACAACUUGGAAAACAAGAAAGAGAAGCAAAUGGCAAUGUUACAGUGAAUUCUCAGGUGAACUUUUUUCAGUUAUGAAAACAUCUAUUUUGAAUUUGUAAAUAUUUUAACUGUUUUAUUAAGGCAUGAAACUAAACUAUUCUUUGACACCUGUUGGGUAGAAUUCAAAUUUAAGCCAUAAUGGUAAAAGAUGGCAUAUUGAUUGUAAAAUAAAUAAUAAUAAUGAUUUUUUUUGUAUCUUUCAUAAUAUAAUUUUUCUAACUGCAAUAAAACCACUGAACUUAUAUAUUUCUGUCCUAUUAAGCCCAUGUUUCAUUAGUAGUUUACCUUAUAGUAUUUAAUUUACAUUCUCUUUCAAAUGUGCUUGUCUGGAUGUAUCAGUGUAAGUCUUAGAUGGUGACACUAGGCUGACUGUUAAUAAAGUUCCUAACAUGGCUUUCAGUUGA